CAACGCAGCGCUCAUGGGUCUUGAAGACGCCGCCACCCUUCAAUGGUCCACAAAUUGCGAAUCUAUGCUCCCUUGCCUAGAUCAAGAUAAUGGGGGCUUCCACAUAUCACCGCAGUUUACGUCGGAAUCAGCCGCACUCUCCACAUACUUCCCGAAUGAUCUGCCGUACAGUGGGAAUUACAAUCUCACCUACUCCACUCCCAAUCCGGCCUCAAGCUGUCCACGCUCGUACGCCAGCGCACAUGGCCUUCCUGGGUCCAUGAGCAACGUGCCCAAUUCCUAUCCACCGUCAGCAUACCUCAUCGAUCCACAGAAGCCACAGGACGUGGUGGACAUGUCGACCCAAAGCCGCACUUCACAAUUUCAGCAACUCCAGAGCCCUUAUGAGAACCAUGUCCUUCCGAAUAUCAAGGUCGAAGAAUCUAGGGACUACGACAGCCGCUCGUACUUGCCUGAGACAGACGUGCAAGGACGCUAUCCAACCCCUCAUGACGACCCACCUCUGCCACUAAGCGAUCUGGGCAGGAGCGAAUGCAACGGAACUCCUGCUCCCGAUGAAUGUGCCGUGGACAAGGAACAACCUUAUGCUCAGUUAAUCUACCGUGCACUUUUAGAGGCACCAAACCAUACAAUGGUGCUGCGAGACAUCUACGACUGGUUCAAGCGCAACACCGACAAGGCUGCAGAUAAGGACAUGAAGGGUUGGCAGAACAGCAUUCGCCAUAACCUUUCCAUGAAUGGGGCGUUUGAGAAAGUAAACCAUCCUUCUGAGGAAGUGAAGAAAGGCUUCAUGUGGCGGCUGACUAGCGACUCCCUUACCACGGGCGUCAAGUCAACAACGCGUUACAGAAAAAAUCAACAGAAUAAACGAGGACAGCGUUCGCAACACCCGCAGCCGCAACGUCAAGCCUCAGGGGCCAAAGGAGGUCAGGCUGCCAGAAGAACAGCCAAGUUCAGGCGAUCGCAGCGUUUAAACGACAGCUAUAGAAGCAAUCCGUAUAGUAUGUCCAGGUCCGUGCCAGCCUCGGCGUACAGCUCGGGUUACGAUUCGAAUAGCGACAUCCCCAUAGCAUAUACUGCUUCUCCGUGCUAUAAUUCAGAGGUCGAUUUCGGUGAGCCCACUAAAAAAGACGAUUUCGGUAGCCCCUUAGCUAGAUCUAGCCUUAGUCUCUUGUCGUCGCGCUCAUACUCUAGAUCUCCACAUGAUGUGCUGAUCCCUGAUUCGGCCUUCGUCCUUCCAUCGGACCCUUCAGAGACAUUAUUCUACCAGGAAAGCAGCACCCCCUCGCCUCCAGCAGACGACCCUCUGACUCCGCCGUCUCCGGGCGAGUGGGACGUGGACACUGGGCCCCCAACUAGCACUCCAUUCAUCUACGACGAUAUCCAUCCAAACUACAGCGAGUUCUUAGGAUGA